CACGAAGGGCCACACUCCGAAACUCCUGCGCCCAAGGAUGAAGUACCUUCCCGUCCAAUGCGACCACAGCGGGUCCCCGGGCCCGUGCCCGCUGUGCCCCACGGAGGACCAAUCGCUCUACGGGCGCUUGACGAUGAAGCCGCCGCAGCACCAUUUGUGCUUGAGCGCGGGACCGGGCAUCCACCUCGUCAAGAUCGAAUGGCUCAAGCCCCACGAAGCCAUUGUAAGCCGGGACAAGAUCGAGAGCCUCACAGCGGCGACGCUUGCAUGGGGCGGGUACCUCGAACCGCUCCUUGUGGACCGCCAAACCGGCGCGAUCUUGGACGGCCACCAUCGCUACACGGUGGGCCUCGAGCUGCAAUUGCGACAGCUGCCCGCGAUCCUCGUCGACUACCUCGACGAUGCGUCCAUCUCUGUGCAUGUGUGGCCCGGCUCGGCGUUGUCGUCGCUCACCAAGCACGACGUGGUGCUCAUGGCGCUCUCGCCGCACACGUUUCCGCCCAAGAGCAGCAAGCACAAGUACGCAUUCUCGCUCGGGAAGAUCGCGGUCCCGCUACGGCUCCUCGAAGACCGCGCCACGUACAUGGGCAUGUACCUUCCAGUGCCCCGGCACCACAUUGCAGCGUAACUGCACAUAGACUAACUAAGAAAUCGACGUGGCAUCACCAAGUGCAUUGUAUCUUCC